AGCAUGCACACUCGUUCCCUCGUAUCCCUGUAUCCAUCCAUCAAUAUCAACACAGGUACGUGCAACCCGACCCCGCAUGGCGCCUGCCUGCCACCUCGCGACGGCGACGAUGGCCGCCGUCGUCGCGUUCCUCCUGCUCGCCGGCGGCCGGGGCGCCGAGGCGGAGGCGGACACGAUAGGCUGCCGCGUCGCGCGGUUCGCGUUCGGCGCCUGCACCGGCUACGUCGCCGGCCGCGAGGGCGCCGAGGUCACUCCCCGCUGCUGCAAGGGGCUCGGCAUCAUCAAGGACCUGGCGACCACCGCGGAGCAGCGGCGGGAGCUCUGCGAGUGCGUGCACUUGGUCAUGAUCGCCGGCGGCCGGGUGAUCCCCCGCCGCGGCCAGCUCCUCCGCACCGCGUGCGGCUUCAGCGUCGACUUCCUCCCGACCAACUUCUACUUCAACUGCUCCCGCCUCCCGGAUCUGUGGCCUGAUUAAGGAACCAUAUAUAUCAUCACGGCCUAAACCAUCGAAGAGAAUCGAAUUAUUUUGCACUUCCCUUUCUUUUGCGAGGAGUGUGGGCAGAAGAAUAUUUUUUUUCUCUGCUCAGUUACUGUAGCAAUAGAAAUGGACGCAAGCUUUAUAUGUCCUUUUCGUUUUGGCUCGUGAUGGUUGAUACCCAACUUGGCUUCACAUUCCAUUUGAGUUCAAAAGGAAACUUUACUCUUCUUUUUAGGGGAGAAGAAACUUUACUUUUGGUCUCGUGGAUUUCUCUAUUGCUUAGAAGAAGAUAAGGUUCGGACGCGGUCACGCGGAGUUUCUCAGUGGAUGAACAGUAAAAAAAAAAAAAAUCUUUCAGUGCUUGCAAACAUUCAUCAUGGAAUCACAUUCCUGAAAGGCUGGCAAAAAAAGCGAUACUUUUAAUGCUACUUUCAAAAACAUUUUGAAGCACUGAUUUUGUUUGUUUUGCCACGACUUCCACAAAUAUGAUUUCAUGAUGAAAUUUUGCAAGCUCCUUAGAACAUUUGCCAGUGUUUGUCACAAAGAAAGUUUAGAUUUUUUUUUUAUUUUUUUCGAUCUUACUGUUCACUCGAGCUCAUUUGAGCUCGAGCUAAGAAGUUAUUUUCCAUAAGGUUCUCAUUUCACCUCUCGUUCAUCCAACCUCCUUAUAUAUGUUCUCCCUCUUCCCUUCUUCUCUUUGAUUUUUUCCCUCCCAUGUCUGAUUUUACUCUCAUUGAUUUUUCCUAAAAUGGAAUCAAUUGUCUCACAUUUUAUUAACUUACCAAAAAAUCUUUGUAAGUCAAAAAAUCCUUACCAAAUAAGUGUUUAACAAUAAGAUCACAUGUAAAUCAUGACGAUUGCGUACAAAAACUUGUUAACAUUUUAGUGCAUAAACGUAAUAAGAGACGUGCAGUCACGAACUAAUCUACUAAAAUGUUUAUAUUAUCUAGGGUUCCAUCUUUCACUUUUCUUCCCAUCACCCCUUGGUGCAGCCUUCCACUCUCCACUGAUUUUUUCUGGAUUUUCAUCCCCUUCUUAUGGUAUAGAAAUAAAUUCACGGUCAUACAUAUUUGAUAACAAAAUAAAUAGCAAUAAAUUCACAAUCGAGAAGCAAAUAUAUACAAGCAUCAGUCAAUCUCUUAUAUUUGGUAACCUAACAAAGUAGAUUACUCAUGUACACAAACCUAUUUUAUUAGAGACUCCUUUGGAUUGAGCACAUUCAAACACAUUGUGGUUGUGUGAGCACUGAAGCCACCAUCGGCGAGGGUGGGAAGGAAGAUAAGCGGCAACACAUAUGGGAUGUCAUGUUCAGAUAA